AUGGUGUCCCUCUAUUAUGAGUCGCAACUUCUUGCAACUAUAGGCAUCACAUUUCUCUUGUCACGUAUUGUGGUUCCACUUGACUCAGCCUUGCUAGCAUCAGAAGGCAAGGCUUUGCUUGAGAGUGGAUGGUGGAGUAACUGCAGCAAUCUCCCUUCAGAUCAUUGCAGGUGGCCUGGUAUAGUUUGUAAUGAGGCUGGAAGCAUCAUUGGGAUUUCUCCACCUUCAAAGUUCCUCAAGGUGAGAACUAAGUUUGGGAAUAUGAACUUUUCUUGCUUCUCAAACCUUGUUCAUCUCGACUCGGCCAACCAUGAGCUCAGUGGAGGCAUCCCACCUCAAAUUUCUGUCCUUUCAAAACUCGGGUAUCUCAACUUCGUCCUUGAAUGGUCUAGCAGUUCUAUCCCUCCAAAAUUAGGCAAUCUUAAAAAUCUUGUUGUUUUGAACAUAUCCCACAAUGGCCUUUUCGGCACCAUCCCUUCAACACUUUGUAAUUUGAGCGAUCCGACGCACUUGGUCAUGGAUUCCAAUUCUCUUGGAGAUGUCAUCCCUAGAGAAAUAGGAAAUAUGAAAAAUCUAGAGAGUUUGAACCUUGGUCAUAAUGAACUUACCGGUCCAAUCCCUCAAACACUUGGGUAG